AUGUAUGAUUUACAGGUCUGGCCAAGAAAGGUGGCCAAAAAGCUGCUUGGGAAGCCAUUUUGUAGUAACUCCGUAGCUGACUUCCCGAGCUCGGAUGACUUCCAAGAUCUUUGCUUCAGCACUGAAGAAUUUGUCAGCUCAAAUAUUAGACCUUCUGGUGAUCAACAAAAAGUAACUCGCAAGUACAAAUUAUUUGCAAGCACAUGGAACGUUGCUGGCAUCCCACCCUCUGAUAAUCUAGAUUUGGAGGACUGGCUGGACACAAGAGACAACUCCUAUGACAUCUAUGUUUUAGGAUUUCAAGAGGUUGUUCCUCUUAAUGCCAAGAAUGUCCUCGGCCCAGAGAAUAACACCAUUUCCAUGAAGUGGAAUUCAUUGAUUAAGACAACAUUAAACAAGCAUUCGAACAGCUUUCAUAGCAUCAUAAGCAAGCAGAUGGUUGGGAUCAUGGUUUCUGUAUGGGUCAGAAAUGAUCUCCUACCGUCCAUUCGCCAUCCAAGCGUUUCCUUUGUAGGCUGUGGGAUCAUGGGAUUUCUAGGAAAUAAGGGAUCAGUUUCGCUUAGUUUUUUACUACAUGAAACCAGCUUCUGCAUAGUCUGCUGUCAUUUGGCUUCUGGAGGGAAGGAAGGAGAUGAGAUUAACAGAAAUUCAAACGCCAUGGAGAUAUUCUCUAGAACCAGAUUCUCCUCAGGACCUUCUCUUGAUUUGCCAAGAAAGAUAUACGAUCAUGAGCGAAUAAUCUUGCUUGGUGACUUGAACUAUAGAAUUUCCUUACCAGAUGAAGAGACGAGGUCAUUAGUAUUGCAGAAGGAAUGGGAUAUCUUACUGAAGAAAGAUCAGUUGAGAGGAGAGAUAAUGGAGGGAAGAACAUUUGGAGGUUGGAAUGAGGGAGAUAUCAACUUCUCUCCAACAUACAAAUAUUAUCUGAAUUCUGAUGAGUAUUAUGGCAUCGUCCAAGGAAGAAAAGGCGAGAAAAAGCGUGCGCCUGCAUGGUGUGACCGCAUACUUUCGUAUGGGACUGGAUUGAAUCAAACUGGAUAUGAUAGGUGUGAAUCCAAGCACUCGGAUCAUAGACCUGUUCGUGCAACCUUCAAUGUUGAAGUGGAGUUCUUAAAGCGUUCAAAUUCAUCAUAG